CGUGUGUUCCUGCCACGCACCCUGAGGUAUCGGCGAGAAGCGGCAGCGCAGCAGGAGAGGGAGGAGCGGCGACAGCUGCAGCAACAGCUGGGCCAUGCAGUGGAAGGGCCUUGCGAACCCUCAUCUGUUCCACCAUCCACCACCCGAUCCGCUCACCCAUCCGACCUCCCCCCAUGCUCCUGUGCCAUCACUCUUCGAAUGGCCUCCUGCUCCUCCUCCUCCUCCGCCUUCUCCCUCCCCUCCUCCCCCCACUGCCCCCCAUCUCUCUCCCACUUUCCCCCACCAUCUCCUCCUCCUCUGUUGUCCCAGUCCCUCCAUCCCCUGCUGUCUCACCUCAUGGUGCUUGCAAUUCCACUCACACGCACUCCUCCUCCUGCUGCUGCUGCUGCCACCCCAGCAGCAGGUGCUAGUGCAAAUGGUGCGGGUGCCAGUGGUGCUGGCGCUAUUGCAACAAAUGCUGUCAGUGCAAAUGGUGCUGUUGCGAAUGGGAUCAGUGCAAAUGGUGCAGCUGGCACAUGGGACCACUACUCUGUGAGGGCUUCUUCUGCCGUGCUGUGCGCUCCUGUGCUCGAAACCUGGGGUGCUGGCAGCACUGGCACUGAUGGCAAUGCUGCUGCUCUUCCUCCUCAUCCUCCUCCUCCUGCUGCUGCUCCUGCUGCUGUGGCUGCUGCUGGUACCAGCAACAGUGGUGCCGCGCACAACGGGACUACAGGGGAAUUGCAUAGGAUGGAAGCUGUCGAUGCCGCAGCCGCAGCAACGAAUCAUUCCCAACACCACCACGAUCAGCAGCAGCAGCAUCACCACGAGCAUGGCAGUGCGCAUGAGCAGGGGUCAGCAGAGAGCGACAUAUCCUCUCUGCCAAGGCGCAUGGUGCUGCCAAUGGACGCCAGUGGUGGGCCGUCGUCUGUUCUUCUGCUUGUCAUCCCUCCUGGACGCGGCGUGCACAGCCCAAGUGUGAACGGACUAUCAUCCCAUCAAUCUCAACCACAACCACAUUCACAUUCCCAGCGUCCUCUGGCCAAUGGCUUUGUGCCACAUGUCUCCAAAGCUCCCUCGGUAGCCAAUGGCAUGUCGCCAUUUGUCGACGAGCCUGCCUUCUCAGCCAUGUUUGGUCAUGGUGCAUCCGAGCCUAGAAUCGUCUUCUGGGGCCAUUUGUCGACCGAGCCUGUUGCUGCCGAACCUGCCUCUGCCGAAUCUGCCCAGUCGAGCCAGUUGCCGAACCACCAAGUCAUUGGAGCUUGGUUCUGGCGGCAACGCUGCAUCAACUUACGUCUGGGAAUGGUUGUGGAUCAACCAGCACGCUCAGCGCACAGCUCGUCGCAGCGACCCGCUCUCUUCCUCCAGCCUCUGCCACACGCCGACCAGGCAGGACAGGAGAUGAGCGAGCGCCUGUUUGUGGAUGUGCGGCCGUCCCCCUGCCAGCCCUGCCAGCAGCGAGGGGUUUUCCUGCAGGGCAGAGUGCUGCUGCCCGCUCAGCUAUGUGGAGAUGGUACUGUGCUCUUCCAUUUCUGGUUCGGCCACGGCAGCCAGCGCAAGUCGCAAGCCGUGCGUCGCUCCCGCUGCCCCAUCUGCCGCACUGCAUGUGGCACCACCAAGGUGUGUCUCCGCCUCUACCAAGGCGCCUCAGAAGUCGUCUUUAUGAAUUCCCCGUCUCACUCCCCUACUUUCCCCUCUCCCUCCCCAUUUCCUCUUUUUCUAGUCAACUACUUAAGGAUCAUGCUCAAACUGAAUGCCCACCUCCUUCCCCAUUUCCCCUCCCUCCCUUCCCCUUGA